AUGUCCCAAGGCCUGGUUGGAUCGCUCUCACCUCAUAUGGGAAACCUCUCCUUCCUCAAAAGUAUUGUUCUUCAAAACAAUAGCUUCCACGGCCCAAUCCCACAAGAGAUGGGUCGCUUGUUUCGGCUACAAAAAUUAGAAUUCAGCAACAAUUCGUUUGGCGGUGGAAUACCCAACAACCUUUCUCGCUGCUCAAAACUUGAAUGGCUGAACUUGGUCGACAACAACCUAGCCGGAAUCAUCCCAGCCGAGUUGGGCUCUUUGUCAUGGCUUGGAACUUUAGCCUUGAGUAAAAACAAGCUUUCAGGAACCAUCCCUCCUUUCAUUGGAAACCUCUUAUCUCUUUCCAUUCUCUCUUUAUCAGAAUGUAAUUUGCAUGGGAAGAUUCCGGCGGAACUUACUAGGCUUCAAGGCCUGAUACGUGUCUGGUUAAGGGGGAAUAACCUAUCUGGCAAAGUUCCAGCUGGCCUUUACAAUAUCUCCACCAUCAUUUUGUUAUCAGUAAGUGUUAACCUACUUGAAGGAAAUAUUCCUCCUGAUAUAGGCUCCACACUUCCUUAUCUCAAGUUUCUUUAUUUUUCGCAAAAUUUGUUUACUGGAACACUUCCUACUUCACUGUCAAAUGCUUCAGAACUUGAAAAUAUAUUCUUCCCUGCAAAUGAUUUCAGCGGGACAAUGCUGAGAGAUCUUGGAAAACUUCUGGGUCUUCGAUGGAUAGGUGUUUUCCAAAAUCGGUUGCAGGAUGACCUCACUUUUAUUUCAUCUCUAACAAAUUGCACCAGUUUACAAUUUAUUGGUGCGGGUUACAAUCUUUUUAGAGGUUCAUUGCCUGACUCCAUAGCUAAUCUCUCCACACAUCUUGGUUGGAUAGGUUUGCAGAUUAAUCAAAUACCUAGUCAGUUGCAAACUAGCAUCGGGAACCUCCUCAACCUCACUACCUUAUCUAUGGAAAUGAAUAAUCUUGCUGGCCCUAUUCCAUCCUCCAUUGGCAGACUUCAUAAUCUACAAUCUCUGUUGUUAGCCCAGAACAAAUUCACAGAACUUCCAUCUUCGCUUGGUAAUUUGACUUCGUUGAUUACACUCAACUUGGGACAAAACAAUAUCCAUGGAAGCAUACCUCCGAGUUUGGGCAAUUGUCAUAGCUUGUUGGAAUUAGACCUUUAUAAAAAUAAUUUCAAUGGUUCAAUACCCCCUGAAAUUAUGAGUCUCUCCUCCAUUUCAACAUCCCUCACGUUAGAUCACAAUGCACUAACCGGUUUUCUUCCAUCAGAAAUCGAGUCUUUGAAAAACCUUGCAAACAUGGAUGUGUCCUAUAAUAAAUUAUCAUGA